AUGUACUUUCUGAUAUCUCUCCACCGCCGCGGCCACCGCCAUCUCCGCCACGUCAAAGACCUUUCCACAACCGCGCAUUCACAACUCCACGUCCCUCUCAACCACCCGACCUUUCUCGUAUGGGCCUCCAACACCUCCCUCGGCAAAACCCUAGUCUCCACAGGCCUCGCCGCCUCCUCUCUCCUCAACCCCACUCCGAAGCCUCGUAAAUUCCUCUACCUCAAGCCCAUCCAAACCGGCUUCCCUUCAGAAUCCGACUCCUCCUCCGUCUUCCACAAGCUCUCCCGCCUCUCCCUGCUCCGCCGCCACAACCUCCCUCAUUUCUCUCUCUUCUCCUCCAAUCACAUCCUCAAAGCCUCAUUCCCCGCCGCCAAUUCCGCCCUCGGCCAAGAAAUCUCCGAGACCCCCCAUUCUGGAAUGCGCGACUUGGGCUACUACGAGGAGGCGAAGCCCGAGGGGGACGUUGGAGGCGGCGCGGCGUCCCAAUUGGUGUGUAAGACGCUGUACGCGUGGCGGGAGGCCGUGUCGCCGCACCUGGCGGCCGAGAGGGAGAGCGGGGUGGUGGAGGACGCGGCGGUGCUCGAAUUGCUGCAGAAGUGUUUGAGAUUUGAAUUGGAAGGUGGUGGGGAAAAGGGGAAGGAAACAGAGAUUUUCUGUGUGGUUGAGACCGCCGGCGGGGUUGCGAGUCCCGGACCUUCGGGCUCUCUUCAAUGUGACUUGUAUAGGCCUUUCCGUUUACCUGGUAUUCUAGUUGGAGAUGGGCGGCUGGGUGGUAUUUCUGGAACCAUUUCAGCUUAUGAGAGUUUGAAACUUCGAGGUUAUGACAUUGCUGCUGUUGUUUUUGAAGAUCAUGGCCUUGUAAAUGAGAUGCCAUUACUGUCUUAUCUGCGAAAUAGGGUGCCUGUACUUGUCCUGCCAUCAGUUCCGAAAGAUCUAUCAAAUGACUUGAUGGAAUGGUUUGAUGAAUCUCGUGGUGUAUUUGAUUCUUUGAAGGAAGAGAUGUUAUCAGCUUAUUCAAAAAGAAUGAUGAGAUUGCAAGACAUGCCAAAGAAAGCAGGAGAGAUUUUCUGGUGGCCAUUUACUCAGCACCAACUUGUACCUGAAGAAGCUGUUACAGUGAUUGAUUCACGACAUGGUGAGAACUUUGCGGUCUUCAAGGCUCAGAAUAAUGAAUUCAUAACUCAACAGUUUGAUGCAUGUGCUAGUUGGUGGACUCAGGGUCCUGACACUACUUUACAGACUGAGCUCGCAAGAGAUAUGGGUUAUGCUGCUGCAAGAUUUGGACAUGUAAUGUUUCCUGAGAAUGUUUAUGAACCAGCCUUAGAAUGUGCUGAGCUUUUGCUUGAAGGUGUGGGGAAAGGUUGGGCUUCCCGAACAUUCUUUUCAGAUAAUGGAUCUACAGCAAUUGAAAUUGCUCUCAAGAUGGCAUUUCGUAAAUUCUCCUAUGAUCAUGGAAUUCUUUCAGAUGGUCGCAAGGAUAAUACAGCUAGCCAAAGGGUUAAGCUUAUGGUCUUAGCUCUUCAAGGAUCCUAUCAUGGUGAUACUUUGGGUGCUAUGGAAGCACAAGCGCCAUCUUCUUACACAGGCUUUCUCCAGCAACCAUGGUACACUGGAAGAGGCCUUUUUCUGGAUCCUCCUACCGUCUACAUGUGCAAUGGUGUUUGGAAACUUUCCUUACCUGAAGGGUUGCAUUUAGAGAUUCCAAAACUUGAAAAUAAGGGCUUCAGUUCACGUGAUGAAAUUUUUCAUAAGAUAAGGGAUAAGUCAGAUCUUGCCAGAAUUUAUUCGUCUUAUAUAUCAGAACAAUUAUCACAAUAUUCUGGAUCAGGAGGGUUUUACCAUAUAGGAGCGUUGAUUAUGGAACCAGUUAUACUAGGUGCUGGGGGAAUGCAUAUGAUUGAUCCACUUUUCCAGCGGGUACUUGUUAAUGAGUGCCGAAGUAAAAAAAUUCCAGUUAUCUUUGAUGAGGUUUUUACGGGUUUUUGGCGUCUGGGAAGAGAGACUGCAGCAGAACUACUUGGUUGUGUGCCAGAUAUUGCCUGCUUUGCAAAGCUGAUGACUGGUGGAAUUAUACCCUUGGCUGCCACGUUGGCAACAAAUGCUAUAUUUAACUCAUUUAUCGGAGAAUCAAAGCUGAAAGCCCUUCUGCAUGGACACUCAUACUCUGGACAUGCUAUGGGAUGCACAGCAGCUGUUAAAUCCAUAAAAUGGUUCAAAGAUCCCCAGACAAACCUAAAUAUAACUGAUGAAGGAAGGUCGCUUAGGGAGCUAUGGGAUGAAGAUGUGGUGCAGCAGAUCUCAUCACAUCCUGCAGUUGAAAGAGUGGUAGCACUGGGGACUCUCUUUGCCUUAGAACUCCGAGCAGAAGGCAGUAAUGCUGGGUAUGCAUCGCAAUAUGCUAGCUCUCUUCUUCAGAAUCUCCGUCAGGAUGGCAUUUACACGAGGCCUUUGGGCAAUGUCAUAUAUCUCAUGUGCGGGCCCUGCACAUCUCCUGAGAUCUGCAGCCAAUUACUCGUUAAACUUUACAAAAGACUUGAAGACUUUGACCAGUUUCACCAAAUUAGAGAGGAGAAUUCUGAAAGCUAUGGUGGUUGAAUCAUUGCUAGCUAUUCAAAGUCUAUUCUUUUUUGGGCCCAUGUUAGCAUCUGAGUUUAUUAUUUGUAAGGAUUCACAAUCAUUAAUUAUUAUUUUUUUUUUCCAGAAGCUAUAAUUGGUGAUAAUUUGAUAUUCUUGCCAUUCUUCAUCAGUCAUUUUGUGGUAUUUUAUAAUAUUUGCUUGACU